GCAAAAGUGCUUACACAACAUCGCUAAGGAAAAGGCUUGGCUCACAGCACUUUGCAAUCAUUUCCUGGCUAUAAGGGAUGCAAAAAAAGACGUGCUGAAUCACAUCUGGUGUUGCAGAUCGGCAUAACAUCACAACCAGAAAUUCCGAGAGCUGAAAUGGAAGGAUUUAACCAGACUUAUGACUAUUUUAAUUUUACCAACUGGUGUGAGGGGUCUGAAAACUGCACCCCUUUUGUGCUCCCCACUGAAUCGCCACUGUCCAGGAUAGGCUCCCGGCACUGGAUCGCUCUGGUCUGCUACCUCAUUGUGUUCCUGCUGGGCGUCCCGGGAAAUGGUCUGGUGGUGUGGGUGACUGCGUUUCGAAUGCCCAAAUCUGUGAACGCACAGUGGUUUCUGAAUCUUGCCAUUGCGGAUCUAUUGUGCUGCUUAUCGUUGCCUCUCCUCAUGGUGCCGCUCGCCCAGGACCAGCACUGGCCUUAUGGUGCUUUGGGUUGCAAAGUACUCACCGGUUUAUUGUACAUGACGAUGUACUCCAGCGUUCUGCUCCUGGUCGUAAUCAGCUUGGACCGUUUCCUACUGGUGACCAAACCGGUGUGGUGCCAGAAUCACAGGAAUACGAGGCAGGCCCGCUGCGUCUGCUUGGCCGUCUGGAUACUUGCUCUCCUGGCCAGUUCUCCUCAGUUUGCUAACAUGGAGAUACAUGAAAUGACCAGUACCAAAACAUUGUGCGAUAGCGCAUACAAUGACUUACGUCAUGCAUGGUCUGUAACUCUUACCCGCUUUUUUCUGUCUUUUCUGCUGCCUUUCCUGAUCAUCUGCAUCAGCCAUUGGAAGGUUUACCUCACGACGAGCUCCGGGCGGGGACAAAGAGGCAGCGACAAGUCAGCCCGGACGCUACGCGUCAUCCUGGCAUUGGUGCUCAGCUUCUUCAUGUGCUGGAUUCCUCUGCACAUUGUGGAUAUUCUGAUGUUAAUGAUGCAAAAUUCAUCAGAAAGCUUUCAAGCCAACCUGCGUCUGGCCCACGUGCUGACGCUCUGUUUGGCUUACAUUAACAGCUGUCUGAACCCGCUGCUCUACGUAUGUCUUGGCCGCGGUUUUAAGGAAAAUCUGAUUAGCUCCCUGCGAAGUGUGCUUCACUUCGCAUCUGAGGCACCGCCGCAUCGAGUCAGCUUGACUGCAAACAGUAAGUCAACCACAGACGGGUUCAGAGAGAAGCCUGUAUGAAAUCUUUGCCUGGAGAUAUGGACUGAAAUCCUCCUCUCCAAAUGCCACCCUCUGGAAUCAUCUGUAUGUUUUUCAUCAAAUUUAUCAAUCACAACAACUUUGUCACCAAUUUUGUUCUAUUAUAUUAUAGAUCAUCUUUUGAAACAUCCAUACAUUCUCACACACUCUUUGCAAACACCAAUUCAUAACCAGUUCCUGUUAUAGCUAAUAUAAGCAAAUACAGCAGUGCACUCUUCAUUAUAGGUGUGUUUACAUGCACUAAUUUUCGCCAGUCGGAAUUUGAUUUCAGAUUCUGAAAGUUACGUUUAUGUGAACACUAAAGACUGCAGUACGAUUCACAUAUUCGUUUACAUGCAUAUUACGUCUAUUUUUUUCAUACAGUAUAUGUCAGAAGAGAUAUAGAUAGUACAUUUGUAAAAUUUGGAAAUUAUUCAGUUUCCAGAGUCUUUUUCAGUCUGAUUAGUUUGUAAGAAAUAAUAAUCAUUAAAUAUAUAUAUAUAUAUAUAUAUAUAUAUAUAUAUAUAUAUAUAUAUAUAUAUAAAUAA